AUGAUAACGAAGGCAGUAGAAGCUAGUGGAACAGUUACUAUUACAACUGUAACCCAGCAACUAUUUCGAACAAAGAUGGAUUUUAAUGAAUGUUUCAUUCAUCCAAAGUCAUUCUCUUUAGACCCUAACAUUUAUACAGAACUUGUAGAACAUUAUACAAACGAGGCUUUAUGUUUUCCUGUUAAAGUUAUGGAUUGGAUUCCUAUGGACGGUUCAUUCUCAAAGAAUACAGAUAGUUCAAGUGCAACAUUUACAGCAGCUUAUACGCCUAUUAAUGUUAAAAGUAUUUGGGCACUAUUUAGAAAGAAAGACAACUAUUAUGUUAAUUUUGAGAACCCUAAGUUUAAAUAUCUUCAGCUUUCCAUGGGAGCUUAUGGAAAUAUGCCUGCAGAACCCGAAAAAUCAUAUGGACCUGUAUUUUAUGAAAUGGUUGCGAACACCUGCAAUACAAACAAUGAUAUGAUAGGAUUUAAUGAAGAUGUUAUGAGGUCAUUGGUGGAUGAUGGUAGUGUGGAACAUAAAUGGGAUAGCUAUGACAACACACAUUUCUUAUGUGGUUUUCCAACAGAAGUGGACUUUUGCUUCCAGCAAGGUCAAACAUCUACUGCUCCAAUAACAUACAAAUUGUCUGUUAAAGGACCUAUUGAACUAGCAACUGAAAACGUACCAAAGCCACUUAUUGGAUUUAUGAGGGAUUGUUGCUUUGCCAUUCAGGUGCGUGCUAAUGGCAUCCCCAUAAUAAGAUUAGAUGACUAUAACUUAGCUACGGACGACAGUGAGGAAUAA